UUCUAUUACAAAUUCAUUUAAAGCGAUGGAGCUUGAUUGUGACCAUUGUUUUGUGCUCGUGAAAAAAGCCAUUUUUGUUUUGACAUUCUCAGUCAUGAAUCUAGACAUUUGAAUCAUUACCCGAAUCAUUUAAUGAUUAUCAAUCAACAUCAUGUAGUAUCAUUUAAAUACCCCGAAGAUCCUUACUGUGGAGGAAAGGAAAGUCAUAAUGCUUCAACAGGCCUUGACACUAACUGUUUUGACAGGGUACCCGGAGGGAACCCUACUUUCAACUUUUGGUGGCCCUCACCCAAACUAGGGAGUCCUCCUGUUUCAACACACAGCUACUCUCGGCGUAAGGGCAAAUAAAUUAACAAAACAUGGAAAGUGGAACAAUUUCUGUUAUGUCCUCAGAAAAUAUGGAAAAUGCUGAUGGGAGUGUAGUCGAGAAUGAAAUGAAUAUUGCCGAUGAAGAUCUCUGUGACCUGACAGCUAUUGAGACGGAACAUGAAGACGGCAACACGUUUGUGGAAGGCAGCACCCUGACACUGUUUGUCAAUGAUGAACAGGAGUCAGCUCUGGACACCUUCUUUCAGAUAAACAAUUGGCAACUCAUUAAAGUGAGCAGGGAAGAAGAUGCAGGGGAUGGUAACCACCUACUCACUGUGCAAAUUACCUCUGACCAGGAGGCAGCCAUCGAAGCUUUGUUCCAAAUCAACAAUUGGACGCUGAUUAAACAAGUGUCCAGAUGUGAGGUGGAUGACAUUGAAGGGGGGAUGCAAGCUGAUGAAAACAUGCACUUGGAAGAACAGCAUGUCACCCAAGUGGAGGAGGUGGACAGCAUAGUGGAGGAGAUGGGGGUGUCCAGCUCGGGCCUGAGGUGCCAACCUCAGGUGAUCACGCUCUACUCCAAGCCCAGAGGGAAGGCCCUCUCAGGGAUCCCAAGCUCAGUCAUGGAUCUGAAUGACGAGGAGGGCUCCUCACAUGUGAUCAUUCAGGAGAUAACCCUGCCAGAGGGGAUGACCUUGGACCAGGGGCUUGUGUUUACAAACCCCACUGCAGACAUGACAAGAAAAGUCACGCCCAGAGGAACAAUCAAGCCUGGUGACAAGAUCCACAAGUGCCAUGUAUGUGGGAAGACAUUCAAACAGGCCCAGAGCUUCAAUGGACACUACCAGACACACUUUGGAGCCAAACCAUAUAAAUGUGAUAUUUGUAAUGCAGGAUUUACCCUGAAGGCUGCUCUAGUGGCUCACCACAGCAUCCAUACAGGCAUCAAGCCUUACUCAUGUGCCCUAUGUGACAAGGGCUUCAGGAGGAAGGACGACAUGAUGUCCCAUCUGAGGACACAUACAGGUGAGAAACCAUAUGAAUGUGAUAUCUGCGGCAAGAAGUUCAAGUACCGCAAUCAGAUCCCGAAGCACAAGAGGGGUCACACAGGGGAGAAACCGUAUGAGUGUGAGACGUGCAAGAAACGCUUCACCUCCAACAUCCACCUCACCAGACACAUCCGCACACAUACAGGGGAGCGGCCAUACAAGUGCACCGUCUGUGAUAAAGCUUUCACACAGUUUGGUCAUCUUCAGGCUCAUACCCGUAUCCAUAACGAUGAGCGACCCUUUGAGUGCACCGUCUGUGGCAGGAGGUUUAGAGAGAAGAAGGUGAUGAGGCGCCAUGAGGCACUUCAUACAGCAGAGAGAAAGUUCAUAUGUGCCGUCUGCGGCAGAGGAUUUCUUAGGCAGAGCAACCUCGAUCUUCACUCAGUGAUGCAUCAGACAGGUCCAAAACUGGACGGUCUUAAACGGGGUCGCCCAAGACCCAAGAAGAAACUCGAGGAUGCGGAGAUGCGAGACUUUGUGGCGAGCGUGCUGAUAAAUGUGAGCAACAAGGUUGACACUGGGGCCCAGACUGACAGUCUUAUGCAGCACACAGGGCCUGGGGCCAAGACGGGGCCCGCACACAGCGGCAGUGCGGAUGGCCUAGCUGCCCUUGUGAACCUUGCUGUGGAGCAGAGGGACAGUCAAGGGGCCACGCUGAGCGACCUCGCCGACCUCCAGGCCAUCUCUAACGGGAACCAGCAGAUGGUCCUUGUUAUGAACGAGGACGGUACUGGCUCCUACAUCAUAUCCAACUAUCAGGAUAAUGAGGAGAUCAGUGCACUAAUGCCUUCACAACAGGUUGAGGUGUCAACAGCGGUGCAUGGCGUGGCUGGGAGGACUGAGAAUUAUGAUAAUGAUGCAGAGAUGGCUAUGAAAACAUUGGAAAAGGUCGUGUAUCAGCAUAAUUUAGAUUCAAGUGAUCAGAAUACGCACUAGUGUUUCUUAAUUGGAAAUUCGGAUGUAUUGUAUAACAACAACAAAAAACACGACAUCAUAAUCAAUUAAAGAUUGGGUUCUUAUUGUGUGCUAUUUUUUCUACUGUUUCAAGUAAAUUAAAUUGAAUGAAAUUUGCCACUGGUAACCUCAUUGUGAUCAAUUAAUUUAUUUGUGUCACAUUUUGAAUUUACAUGUUUGUUUUUAUGCAAAUUGUGUUCCACUAUAAAUUUUACCAGUCCAUGUACGGUGAAGCUGUAUAUUACUGUGCAAUGAUGAAAUGAUUCCCUUUGUGGCAAUGUUCAUUCAGAUUUUAAGGUGUGCAGUUAAUCUCCAAUAUUGCUCAGAUUUGUUUAUACAUGUGUUUUUGGGAAUGUUUCAAAUAAAGUUUAUUUAAUGUUUA